AUGCACACCUGCAGAGGGAGCUGCUUAUGCAGAGCCAAAUGGGGCAGGAUUUCUUUUGGGGUUUUUCAGGUAGUGCCGGCUGUGGAGUUGCCAGAUGCUCAAAGAAUAUCGCCCAGCUUCGCAGCGGAUGGGUGCCCUGAAAAAUCCGCAGACGGCAACCAAUCGACCUCGUGCACAUCACAGCCCCGAAAGCCCAACUUCGACAUGGGCCAGAGUGGCUGCCGAGACUACAAUAACCAGGAGUGGUGCCUGUGCCAGCAGUGUAAGGACUUCGACCGAGAAUUGACUCAGGGAUGUAAAGAUAGCAGCAGCGGAUGUUGCUGCCGCCAGUGUGUGGUGAAAGAUAUGAAGCACCUUCAUGUUUUCAGGUGUGAUCGCUCCGGUGCAGACGGCAGCCAGUCUUUGCAGCCAUCUGUUGCUUCACGCAAGCCCAAAGAUAUUCAGGCAGCAACUGACGGGCCUUGCGUGUCUGCUGUGGGAGUCCGGUGUGGCAACAUCUUGGACCAGGUGCUUUUCCGCUUUGACAACGGUACCGUAACUGGUUACCGGACAUCGGGGGGAGGAGCCGCCCAACACUGGAAGUUGCAGGAUGGCGACUCCGUCUCAGAGGUGCGUAUCCGACACAAUCACUUCAUACACCAAGUGCAGUUCGUGACGAGCAAUGGCGCUGUAUCUCGGGUGUUUGGCCGCGAAUCCUGGCAGACUGACCAUGUACCGCGGCCCCAGUACUGUGCUCCGGUUCAGGUAUUGCGGGCACUUCCGGACUGUGAGAUACUUAGAGGAUCAUGA